AUUUAUAAAUUCGAUCACCAUGGAACACGACUUGGAUCACGAAUACAUCAUCGAUCACAAAUGGUGUUGGUUUUAUGGCCUUCCUCAACUAAAUCGCUUUAUUCCUCAUAUGGGACCGUCAUUCUCAAUUCCGAUGGGGAGAAGAGAGAACUAUGUUUGAUUUACAAUAUGCAAAGGUUUAUUGUUUUUAUUUAUUUUUUUUUUAAUAAGAAACAAAAUAUUUUUAUUUUGUGGGUUCAGAAGCUUGAAAAUGGCAUACUCUCGUCAUUGAGCGCCGAUAAUGAGAGUUGUUCGGCAAGUGAAUCGCCUGCUUCAUCAUCAAAAUCAUCACAACGCAAAGUUAUGUUCAGUGACACAAAAGACGCUUCGAGGAAAUCGAUCGGUAGAAAAGUAGAUGGUAUCUCUACUGCUGUUUCUUUUCCUGAACGAACUCAAGCGGGUGAUUUGAUCAGCAUAGCUGGAGGCAUGAGACGCCUACCACCGUCUGGGAGCACCAUUACAGAUCAAAUGGAACUUUUCCGUGAGCAGAUAAAAAUGUUAGCUGGAGAAGUAGCUUUAUCAACCAGUUCUUUGAAACGGUUAUCAGAGCAAGCAGCUAAGGCCCCUGGAGACUCCAAACUUCAGGAAAAGGUACAAAAGUUGAAGGAUGAAAUACGAGAAAAAAAGCAUCAAAUUGGGGUUUUAGAGCAACGGAUGAUUGGAUCAGUGGAGAUGUCUCCUUAUGGUUCAAGCAUUGUUGAGAUGUCGCAGGCAUUGUCCAGGUUUGCUGCUGAACUAAAUGAGAAGACAUUUGAGCUUGAGAUCAAAUCUGCCGAUAACAGAGUCCUCCAGGAGCAACUGCAAGAGAAGACAGUGGAGAACACAGAGAUGCAAGAAACAAUCAAUCUCUUAAAGCAGCAGAUCGAGUCCUUGAUGUCAAAUAAAAAUUCGAGGACUACAGAUAGCAUGACUGGGCUGAACAGCUUUGAAGAAUCCUCCGACAUAACAAAUGAAAGAGGGUCUGAAAUCAAUUCAUUCGAAUAUCUAUACGAGAAUACACCAACUAGUGUUGGGAGCAUGAAAAGAGUAUUCAACCAUGAGGAUGCUACAGAUUGCAACCGGACUUCCAAGCUUCUUUUGCAGGCUGCCGAGAUAGAAUCACUAAAGCAUGACAACAUAAAAAUCUCCGAGAGGAACGACGAACUCGAGAUCCACUGCCAGAAGCAAAUCAAGGAAGCCUCCUACGCCAAGGAGCUAGCUGCAGCAGCCGCAGUCGAGCUCCGUAACCUGGCCCACGAAGUAACCAAACUCUCGUACGAGAACACCAGGCUGGCUGCUGAGCUGGCAUCUGCCAAGGACUCGCGCUGCAAGGCGAGGCAGAACGGAACCCGCCCAGCAAGGAAGCAUCAUGAGCAGGACCGAUUUUUGUCUGCCGAGGAGUUCGAGCUGGAGCUGAAUGCGAGGUACCAAAGGGAAGCCUCGUUGGUGGCAGCGCUUUCCGAGAGGGACAACAUAGAAGCCGAUCUGCGGAGAAGACUGGACGAGGCGAUGAAGCACGAGGAGAAGUUGGAGAACGAGCUGGCCAACAUGUGGGUCCUCGUUGCAAAGACACGCAGCAAGUCCUUUGCAGGCCCAUACGAGAUUUCGAACGAGGAGAGUGAAACUGCUGUGGAGUAUGGUGUGCUCGAAUGA